AUGGCUCAACGACCUCAACGACAACGACAUGAAAUCAUCAACCGGGCCCCCAGGGAGGCCAUGGACGUCUUCGUCAUGGGGGCCAACGAGAAAGGGCAGCUGGGCUUGGGACCCGGUCAAAGAGUCUUCACCAUCGCUCAAUCUCCGCGGCGAAAUGAUUGGAUUAGCGAUGAGGAGGACAUCGUCGAUAUAGCCUGUGGAAACAACCACUGCUUGGCGCUCACGGACGACAACCGGGUCAUGUCCUGGGGUUCGAACGACCACGGCGCCCUCGGCCGGGUAACGCACUUGCCGCGGAAUAUCAACCAUCUCGCCAUCGAGCGCAACACCGUCUUCACUCAGGUGGCAGUGAGUGAUCAUGCGUCUUUUGCCUUGACGGAAACGGGUCAGGUCUAUGGAUGGGGUGCUUUCAAGUACUACGUCGGCGAAAACGACUUCAUUGACUUCCAUCACGUCCACCAUUUCUAUGCCUUCCACCCAGGCCAAAUGGAGUACGACCAGCACCGACCACGGCGCAACCAGCAAUACCCCCUCAAGAUUCGCUUUCCCGGGACUGACAACCCGCAAAUCGUGCAAAUCGCGUGCGGCGCCAACCACGUUCUCGCCCUCUCCAAGUCAGGGCUGGUCUACUCGUGGGGCACCAACGACGCGCAAAUUUUGGGCCGCCGCUUCAUGCCGCGCAACGCCUACCGGCGGUCCCCGCGCCGCCAGUACGUCGACGCAGAACAGCUGGAUCCCUACGCGAACAUGGACCACCACUUCGCGCCGGGGCUCGUCGCCGAGCUGCAGAACAUCCGCUACGUAGCCUGCGGCGCCAACUACAGCAUGGCCAACGACGACAUGCAGACCACGCUCCCGCUCUCCAAAACCACAGUCGUGGCCACGCCCGAACACCCCGACGCCCCCGACGGGGAGAACAUGCGGGUUAUGCUGUUCCCUACGAAAGCGCCCUGGUUCAGCGGGAUCGGACACAGAGUCGACGAGCCCGAGUCGGCGCUAAAGGCCAUUUCCGGAUCGUUGCGGUACGGGCUGGCGAUCCGCCACAGCGGAUGGGGCGAUGCGUGGGGCAACGAGCAUGAGCUGCCGAGUGCCAUGGGGGUGGUGGACGCGGACAACGAGCCGGUGAUUCCCGCCGUGCCGCCUGGUAAUAGAUAUACCCAGGCGCCGCAGUUUGCGGGGUGGCACUACCACCGCGAGGAUUGUAGAUUCGACCUCGUGGCCACGGGCGAAAAGCACAGCAUCGCGGUCGAUCAAGAAGGCAAGGUUUACGUAUAG